AUGGCUAGCCAAUACAAUUACCGUUCUGAGUUUCAGUUCUUGAAGUCGAAGCACAGUGGGUCGUGGUCAAACUCAAGAGUCGUUCGACCAUCCAGCCCACCUUCAGAGACAACAGAGAUUCUAGACACAGACUUUGAUUCCGAAUCAGACGUCCCUUACGACUCUCCACGAGGAAGUUCUGGAACAGAGAGCGUCACAACCGCCUCUACACCGGAUCAAUGCGAGCUCAAGACCCCAGACUCAGCUGGCCUGAGUGGAUUUCACUUCCAUAUCGAUGAAAAGCCAAUGCGUGGCCCAGAGGGACCAUUUCUCUUCCAAUCUCAAAAGAACCCCUACCGCCUUUCCGACGGAUCUAUGGACAUCAAAUCAACUGUUGAGAUCGAUUUGAUCUUUGACGAUGCCCCGGAUAGCGCAACAACCCCUCUUUACUCAUCCGCCUCCAAGUUGGGCCCUGACUACCGAAGGGAUACUCCUGUUCCUCGCGUCGCAAACCCUAGCACACCUCUUCAAUCGGUACCUGAGAACACGUCAUCACAGCCAAACGAGGCGCUGGUCGCCAGUUGGACCCCACAAGACGUUGUUGCGUGGAUGCAAAGCAUGAGCAUCGACGAGGGCAUCAUCGAGAAGUUUUUUAUCAAUGACAUCUCCGGCUCCGUCCUUCUGGAUCUGCAGCCCGAUGACCUGAAAGAGCUCGACAUUCAAUCUUUCGGAAAGCGACACGGUGUGAUGACUUCAAUUCGCCAACUGCGCAACAGCAUCUCUGGUGAAUCCUUCGAUUCGCAAUUCUCAAUCCCAUCAGAGCCCGUCUCCCGCGAGCCGACCCCCGGAUCGACCGCAGCUGAGGUUGGUGUCCGGAGUUGCAAUGCCACUCCUGUCAACGAGAACGAGCCUUCCUCGUCUCCGUCAAAGGAUUUCGAUCAGUAUCAUCAGCCCCGCCGCCAAAGGCGCCAACGCCAACGAGUUGUUGGACCCAAUGACUCAAUCUCGAUCGUAGGUAUCGAGCAGGUUCUGCCUAAAAUUCACAGGUGCUCCAAGGGCGAAGAUUGCCGCAAAUGGCAGAGACAACAGGUGAAGUUGUCGCAAUACACCCAGGGUCUUCCUGUCGACUCUGUCGGCAGCCCAGUCAUCGUGGCCGGCGACCCUGGAAAUGCUGCGACCGCUCCUAACUUGGUCAAGUCGCCCAAAUCGGAUAUAACGCCUUCCAUCGUUGCAUCCUCUGAUGCUCUUGGCCCAAACCAGCAGCCCGCUGAGGUGCCCAUUUCCGCGAAGACCCUUCAGGAUGUUCGGCCACGAGAUGCUCAGGAAAAUGUUCGCCACUUCAUCAAGCUCCAACGUCUCAGCCAACUCCAGCCAGUUGAGGACCCUUCUACUCCUCCCAGGGACACUUUCCCUUCUCCCGAGGCCGAAUCACCCGGAAAGCUGGCCGAGAAGCUUCAAAAACUCCCUACCCUACAAAUUCCCAACGAGCACCUUGUAUCUGCAGGAAGCUCGAGGUUUUCUCCAAGCCUGUCCGGCCAGCGCACAGUUACUCCUUCGGCGAUGCGACGACGACAGCCAUUCCAGCAGCCACUUCAGGAACAAGUGGCCACCCCUUACGGCUCUCUGUUCUCUCCCUCUGACUACUAUCGCCAAGAUCCAAGUUACGGAUACACCUCGCAGACACCCGCCUCCGAGGUUGAUGUUCCUCUCACUGCAAUUCCAAUCGGGCCGAUUGAGCGAGUGUUUUCCCAGUCAGUGCCACCAGAUAUGCGAUUCGGGCACGAGGGACAAGGGGAGGUUGAUACCAUUGCUCGUCCUAUCUCUACCAAAGUUGACAACUACCGACGCAAGCUUUCUACCAACGCAGCAGGAACUGCCCUGGGUCGCCUCGAUGAGGGGCGGGCUAUGUCUCCCAUUGAGACCCCCGCGGACCUUGAGCGUACCCCACGCGCUGCGCACUGUCGCAUCCACCCUUUCACACCCGCGGGUGAACUCUCCCGCGACAUCAUUCACAGCGGCUGGGUUAAGAAGCGCAAGACCAAGAAUCUCGUUCGCCAUGAGUGGACACCAAAAUACUGUGCUCUGCGCAAUACCCAGCGCGGCGAUGAGCGCGGAACCGAGCUCGCUGUCUACACUGACCAGUCCCAAGCUGAAGGUGACUCCAAGGCCAUUGAGUACAUUGACGUUGAUGACUACGCCGUUGCAUGCUCUUCUCUCGCCUCAAACUCGAAGUUGACCGCCGCAUUCAAGAAGACCGUCUUGAAGCGCAAGGACAACACCAGGGGAGACACUGCAUUUGCUUUCUCGCUGAUUCCCUCUCCUAAUGGAACUUCAACCGUUGACCGCAAGACCGUGUUCCAGAACUCCAAGUCCCACCAUUUCGCCGUCAAUACGCGAGACGAGCGAAUUGACUGGAUGCGCGAGCUCAUGCUCGCCCGAGCUCUCAGACGGGGCCGUGAGAGCGGCGCUUCUCUCAAUGUGAACGGCAAUGCUGUGUUCUAG